ACUUUUCAGUUGAAAGUUAGUCUCCUGCUCAGACACAAUGUAUCUGAAUGUUUCUUAGUCUCCAUUACUUGCUAUUUAUUAUUCAAUAAAUUUGCCCUUAUUGAAGUUUUGGGAAAAUUGUGAUCUUGGCACUGUAACCAGUUCAGAUUUGGAGGUAGUAUGGAUUUCAAAGUUCUCUGUUUGGGGUUGCUUUGUGUGUUUUUUGCCUCAUAUAUUUAUACACCUAUACCGAGCAACAUUGAAGAACAAUGGAAAGUGAGGAUCUUGGAUGCAGCUGCUAAAAUUUCUACUUUUGUGGCCAUGUGUUUUGAAAAUAUAGGCAUCAUGAGAUUUGAUGAGUUUAUUUCCAUGAUACUCAAGCUGGAUUACACUGAACCAUUUUCGGAUGAAAACAUCACAGUUACUGAUAUGACAUUUGCUAACAUUCCUGUACGUCUGUAUUUGCCAAAGAGAAAAUCAGAAAUCCCAAGACGAGCAGUCAUAUAUAUUCAUGGUGGUGCUUAUUGUUUAGGAAGUUUCAAGCAGAGGGCUACGGAUUUCUUGAAUAGAUGGACAGCCAACAAACUUGAUGCUGUUGUUCUGGGUGUGGAUUACAGACUGGCUCCCCAGCACCUCUUCCCCACUCAGUUUGAAGAUUGUAUCACUCUAGUCAAGUUUUUUCUUCAGGAUGAAAUUCUUGCAAAAUAUGGAGUAGAUCCCACCCGGAUCUGUGUUUCAGGGGACAGUUCUGGGGGCAUGUUAGCUGCAGCUGUGACUCAGGAGGUGCAGAAUAAUCUUGAAAUAAAACAUAAAAUCAAGUUACAAGCUUUACUUUAUCCUAACUUACAGAUCAUUGACUCUUGUUUGCCUUCUUACCAAGAAAAUAAGCAUGGUUUAGUUCUGACACGGGAUAUAGGCAUAAAACUAGUGAGUUUAUAUUUAACCAAAGAUGAAUCUCUACCUGAGGCAAUGAGAAGAAACCAAUACAUGCCUAUGGAAUCAAGACCUCUGUUCAAGUUUGUUAACUGGAGUACUCUCUUACCCAAGAAAUAUAGAAAGGACUAUGUUUAUGUGGAACCAAUUCUUGGAAGAUAUAAUUAUUCCUUGCCAGCACUUACAGAUAUCAGAAUGUCACCCUUGUUGGCUAGUGAUUCUCUGUUACAGAAUUUGCCAUCAACUUAUAUCCUUACCUGCCAAUAUGAUAUAGUGAGAGAUGAUGGAAUUAUCUAUGUUUCAAGACUUCGAAAUGUUGGCAUUAAAGUUACUCAUGAGCAUAUUGAGGAUGGGAUCCAUGCAGCUUUAUCAUUCAUGACAUCACCACUGUACUUAAAACUGGGUUUGAGGAUAAGAGAUCUGUAUAUUAGUUGGCUGGAUAAAAAUGUAUAAAAAUAUGGGGCUAGGUAAUAACUCAUGUUGUACAGUGUAUGGUUUACCAUGUGUGAGGACCCAUUCUGAGAUACUAGGGCCUGGGAAUCCAACAUAUCUUUUAUGGGUAACGGGCAGUUCAGUUCAAUAAUCAGCAUGUAUCCUGAUUUCUUAGAUGCAGUCUUUAUUGAAACAAGCUCUAGUAAGUUAGAAGUUACAUCAGAGGGCCAUGUGGUUGUGCACCUGGUUAAGGGCACACAGUACAGUGCACAAAGACCCAGGUUCAAGACCCUGGUCUCCACCUGUAGCAGGAAAGUUUCACAAGUGGUGAAGUAGGGCUAUAGUUGUCUCUCAAUCUCUUUCCCUAUUUAGUUUCUCUACCAUACUCAUUGUCUCUCUGUUCCUAUUCAAUAAUAAAUAAAUAAAAUAUAAUAAAAAAGAAAAGUUUAAAAAAA